AUGCCCGCUCCCGUCCUUCUUCUCCUCACAACCAUGGCAACUCUUACGAGGAGCGCUCUUCGAUAUGCAGUAGAGAAUUCCAACAACGUGAACAGACUCGGGUUCAUGUGUUAUAGUUGUGCGUCCACCUCGUAUCUCCAGAUAUGGAAUCAGCAUUUAUUAGGGCAUUAUUUUCCACCAAAGAACUUCACAGAGAGUUGUUGGAAUCCAACUUCAGAGGUGGGGGUCCACACUUGUAGCACUGCCUGUUUCACAAUCGUGGAAGAAAUAUUCGGACAUAGUAAGAUUCCCAAAAAAUCAAUUACUGGUCAUUUCAGCAAAUCAGGAAGCAGUCAUACGUGGGUGCAUUGACCGAUUACUGUUAUUCGGCUUGGAUGAUGACAUCAAAACUGCUAUUUCCACUCUGGGACAGCGAUCUUGCAGGACCAUUGAUCGUCAUUUGCUCAAUCUUGUAUCCCUUAGCGACAAUGUGCCUUUGGUGAGUGCGAUCUUACCGUAAACUAAAUGAAAUUAUUCGUUAAUUCCACUCUGUUUUUUCUCGGGUUAUUGUACAUAACCAGAUUAUUUUUGGUAAAAAUAUAAGAUUAAAGGCCGGUUUAUUAUUAAUUUACUCUAUCUACAGGUGUUAAUGUGCUCAUGUACGGGGAAUCUUUGCAAUUCAGACGAAGUCCAGAACAAUGCCAAUUCCAUAAACCUGUGUCUACUACUUGUAUUAAUUACUUUAUUUUUGUUCUUUCGAAGGUAAAAUCAGCGAGGAAGUUCAUACAUAUGAUUAAUAAAGUGCUUACAUUCAAUAGAUUUCAACUUUUGCAUAACUUUGAAAGCUCCAUUUGUCCAUUCAAAGCCAAUUUUGACACUAUUGGAUAUUUAUGAUGACAUAUGGAAUCCGCAGGAACGCUAAAUGCCGCCGUACUGAAUUUACAGGGUACGCCAUAAAAAUCUUGAUAAAUUUAAACUUCAAAUUUCCCGCCAAAAAUCACAGGCGCAGUCUGGCAAAUAGGCCUUGUAUACAAUAAAUAUAAAUCAAAGAGACUUUUCAAUUGUUGUUUACUUUUUUCCUGUGGAUUUUACCGUCGCAGGCGAAGAGUCCGAUUUUUUCACGAGAAAAAACUGGAGUCCGGUUUAUACGAAGAGUCUCUUUUUUUUAAUUUUCAAAAUGAAAGGUUUUAUAUGUACAUACACUCGGUUUCAAAACGACAGACACGCCUAUAAAAUCUGCAAUUGCGGUGCCUGGGUUUAAUUGACUGAUACCAAACAUCUACGGAUUGAAUGAGGAGGUUUGAAAACCUACACCAAAAAUAAUUUUUCUUAUUGCACUGUAAUUGCAGUUUACACAAAAGAUUUUCCAAGUUUUGGUGUUUCGAAAUGAUAUUAGAUACGUCUGUCAUUCUUUGCUAAACACUUGCGAAUAUGGUAGUGCCUGAAGUUAUUAAUGACUGUAUUACAACUGUCUGCUGGACUUUAUCGAGCUCAAAAUGCCCAGAUUUUCGUACAAUUUUCGCGGAAGUGCAUAUAUCUCUCCAUUUUGUGCAAUGUGGCCUGUAUCUGCCAGAAGCCCACUUUGGCGGGCGCACACUUGCGGGCAACCACUUUGCGGGCAAAUUUUUUGCGGGCAGCCACUUUGCGGGCAGCCGACAUUUGCGGCCAGCACCGGAAGAUUUGCGGGCAGCCGACAUUUGCGGGAAACCGACACCUGAUUGUGAGGGUAGGUGGAGGUAAAAAAAAAAAAAUUACUAUGAUAUUUUGGAAAUUUGCCGCCAUUUGCGGGCAACCGGCACUUGAGGAUAACAAGGUGGAGGUCGAAAAAUUACUGCGAUAUUUUGGAAGUUUUCCGACAUUUGCGGGCAGGCAAUACUUGCGGGAAGCCGACAUUUGCGGGCAACAGUUCCAAAAGUUCCAAUACAAUCUGUGUGAUUGUUUUUUCCUGUUGCCCGCAAAUGUCGGUUAUCGGCUGCCCGCAAAUGUCGGCAAAUUUCCAAAUUAUCGCAGUAAUAUUUCCAUCUCCACCAUGUUACCCUCAAGUGCCGGUUGCCCGCAAAUGUCGGUUGCCCGCAAAUGUCCCAGGCUGCCCGCAAAUGUUCCAGCUGCCCGCAAAUGUUCAAAAAAUUUCUGCAUGGAUGUUUUUGCUUCCCCAAAAAACAACCUAAAUGUCUCUUAUAAAAGAUAAUAAUAUUAUGUCAAACCAGCAUUAAAUUAUAGCCAUCUGCUUGAGAGAUAAAUUCCCGCACACUUUCUACAGUAACCUUCAAAAGCCUAAAAACACAAAAAGGUAAGUGUCGAUAGAAAAAUUUUGACCGGAAAAUCAAACUCAGUACAUCCAUAAUCCUAGGCUGCGUCUAUUCUGCAAGAGCGUGGGAUUGAGGAGAUAUGUUCUCCGACGUGCUAAGUCUGAAUCGGCGUACCAAAUUUUGUGAUCCUCGUCCAUUCGGAGCCUAAAGUGUUACGGUAGCUGCUCCUUGUAGAUGAUAUGACGAGAUAAUGCUCGUAAAUUUUUAGUAAGCUGUUUUAUUUACUCACAGUGAGCUAUCAGUCUGUCGGGAAAAUAACGGCGGGUCGUCGCAGCAAAAUUUUCCGCCUCGCCGCUAUCGCGCAUCAAAUUUCCAACCGCGACUUGCAGUCGCAAAGCGAUGAUGGGCGAUUCAAAGGCGCGACGACCCGCCGUUAUUUUCCCGACAGACUAAUCUGGUGUAUAAUGUGACAGGUAAUGUAGUUUUUCCACCAACAAAGCAGCCUAGUCAAGAAAUAGUUUGAGAUUAACAUUAACCUCAUGUACAAGGUCUGAAAUGGCCCGCAAAAGCACUACAUAAAAAUGCAAUUUGGUGAAUUUUGAAGGGUCAUUUUCUGAAGCACACUGAACGGUACAAAAAGUAGUUGGAAAUUGAUGUGUAACACAACUUUCUGCCUAGAAAAUAUCCUAAGAAUAGUAAUCACACUCUACAGUAACGCUUAGAAUGCCUUGCAAGGUCAACAUCGCAGUUAGUUCUCUGAAACUUUUAUCGUAUAAAAUGGUUUUCGCAAAAACAAAAAAAUCUUUUCGUGCGUCUUUUUUUUGUCGUUUUGGGCAAAGUUGUGUCAAUAGUUUGCCACUCAUUUCUCUCAGGAUGGAAGAUCCAGAAAUUCUUCUUCAUCAAACAAUCGCUCAAGAACUUCCUGAAGACAUUUCCUCCUUGUCUCGCGGAACUGAAAAUUUGGAGAAAGCAGCCAGUUAUUGUGAAUAUGUCUACACUAACGUAAGUUUUAUAAUUCUGUUAUUAUUUUUUGUUUAGCCAGACCGAAAUCAGAAUGCAGUCCUCGAAGAAACCAAGCGAAUUACAAUCCAAAGUUUAGCAUCAGUAGCGACGAAUGUAAACGCCAUCUCAAGCAAUUUAUGGAAAGCCAUGGCUAUUGAAUCUGAUAAGCUGACAAGUAGGCAGAGCAAUCUCAAAAAUCUCAAAACAGUGAGUCAUAUUCCCCAUGGAUCAAUAUUAUUUGUUCACUGUAGUACCAUAAUAGGUAUACAGAAGUCAUACAUUGGUGGACUAAUAAAAGGUGUUUUUUAUAGGUAAUAAACAUAAACCGAGAAAAAGCAGCGAGAAGGGAGAUUGGAAGAUUGGCGGAGCACCGUCCCAGUGAUUCAACGGAGAAAGUAAUCGCGCCUAACACAAUUGUAAGUGGUAUUAGGCAAAAUAUUUUUUUCAUACGAUUAGGAAAAAGCCCCGAGAUAUCAACGAACGGCCAUUGACUUCAACGCGCUAGAUGAACGAGGCCAUGGAGUCACGUCGCAUGAUCAGACAUUACGAGCCGGAACAGUAAACCGAACGCAUUCGAUGAUCUCAGGAGACAGUGUAGCAUACGGAACUACUCAUCUCAAUAGUUCUGGCGGUAUAUAUGAGAGAUGGAUGCCAUCGCAAAUACCUCACGGAAUGUAUAGUCAAGACACUUUAAGACCCGGAAAAGAUCAGUACGGAACCUAUGCAUGUUCUACGUUGAAAAGGCACCAACCACAACAUAGUGCUGGAGGAUAUAACAAUAACACUGGUAUUUACAUGAGCUCAACAUUGAACUCACGGGCCCCAUUACAGUCAAUAUAUCACUGUAAGUUCGAAGCCUACCGUUUCAAAUUUUUGUUUGAUUCACAAGGGAAGUACCUCAAGUGCGACACUUUUUAAUGCAACCUGGCUCAAAUUAUGAUAAAUUUUUUUAAGAUACGCGAUUUGCGAAUUAUGAUGAGCUUCAUGAAUAUUUCUGCCGUAGAACUUUUUCACACGAAAAUGACAAAGGUCUGGCCAAAAAAGGGGUUCCGCUAUCGUUGAAUGUUUAGACCGUCCCUGAAAAGCGCGCGGAAACUUUCAGGAAUUGAAAUGUGGCCUAUGCCCGUUAAAAGGGAAAAUUACCUUUCCCUCCCCCUGUUCUUUUUUUUUAAUCUACGCCCGUUUUUCUUUUAUUUUUUCUUGACAUGCCCUUGUGUGCGAAAUUUAAAGAAAAUCUGAGCGUCGCACUCGGGGUGGUUCCCUUUUCAGCUGGGAGUUCUAUUGCUGUGGAAAGCAACAGAGACGAUGACCGUCUGCCUUCCCCGCCUCCUGCCGUGUCCAGCAUCCCCUCGGUUACGAAUAACGCCCCACCAAUGUACAUAGCGAAAGGUAAAACUAUUAAAAACUAGUUUAUCAUAUUAAAUUUAGCUCGCGCUUUGUACGAUUAUACGGCUGCUCGACCAGAUGAACUCAAUCUGGUUGCUGGUGCUAUUAUCUUCAUCAUAAGAAAGAAUGAUGACGGUUGGAAUGAGGGUGUUUUGGACGGAGUGACAGGUCUUUAUCCCGAUAACUACGCCGACGAAAUAUUAUGA